AUGUCCACCCAAACUCAUCCCUCCAUCUCCCACGCGGCAAACAUCGAGCAGAACAAAGCCUACUUCGACAAUAUAGCGGACAAGUACGACACCAUCCACGGCGCGCGCGAGAUCGUAGGGAUCAUCGCGAAAGCUAUGCGUGGUGCCGUUGAGCUCGAGAAGGAGAGCACGAGUGUGCUUGACUUUGGGUGCGGUAUCGGUCUGCUCUCGCGCGAACUAGCGCCGUACGUGAAGAGUAUCGUCGGCGUCGAUAUCAGCGAAGCGUCGGUCGAAGUUUACAACCGCCUCGCUGCUGAAUCGGAUGACGCGGAUAAGAUGAAGGCCGUUGUUCUUGAUCUUCAAGGUGCGCCGGGUGAGCUCGAGGAUAAGAAGUUCGACGUGGUCACGUCAUCUAUGGUAUACCACCACCUCGACACCCCCUCGCUCUACACACAAAUCCUCGCCUCGCACCUCGCCCCCUCCGGCAAACUCCUCAUCGCCUCCCUCAUGCGCCGCACCAACUUCAACACUUCGUCAAUGUCCGAGUCCAUGCUCGCCGCCAUCCCCAACAUGGCUGGGUUCACGGAAGAGAGUAUCAAGGAGAUGUUCGAAGGCGCCGGGUUGAAGGAUGUGAAGUAUGCUAAGAUCUGGGGCGGGGUGGCGCCGGCGCCGCAGCAUGUGAAGGUUAUGGUUCCGGACGAGGAGAGGGUGAUUGAGGUGUUUUUGGCGGUGGGGACGAAGCCGGAGGGUGAUGUUUGA